AUGGAUUUAUCUGAAGCCCUUCCUAUCUCUGAGACCAUCACUCGCCUUUCAUCACCACAUGAAGAAAAGCAGGAUGCUCCAGAAGAGCCAAAGGAUAUUGAUCUUGAGCAGUUAAAAGAAAAAGGAAUGAAAGAAGUAGAAAAUGAAAAACGUCGUGAUGAAGAAAGACAGAGAAAAGCAAUUAAAAGUCAAAAGAAAUACGGAAAAGUAACAGAAUCAUUCGUCAGAAAAUCAAAAGAAUUUGUUGAAUUUACAAAGACUCAAAUGUGUGAUGAAAUGAUUAUGGCGUCUAUAUACUAUGUUUCAUCAUCAAUGGCUCUCACUAUUGGUCCAGAGCUUGAUGAUGACGAACGCGCAGAACAAGAAGAUAUUCAAUCUGAUUCUUAUCAAAUAUUGAGCUCGUUAUACUGCCAGCUUUUGAUGUCCCCGAUAUCAUCAAACCUUCCUGUUAGAACAGAAAGAAUUUUCUACGAAACUUUAAUCUUUUAUUUAGACGCUUGUAUUACGUUUGCUAUUCAUACUGCUCCACCGGAAAUGAUCAUUGAACUUAUGGGAAAUGUUUUCAGAGGUGGAAUUAAGGAUCCUCAAUCCCAAACUCAAGUUGAAUUUCUUCCAAUUACAGAAAUUGUUAAAAAGCAUUGGCUUUCUCAAAGAGUUCCUGGAAAGAAUAGAGCAACAAUCAAACAUAGUACAUUACGCGGAAAUACAAAACUUGUCGAAUCUCUUGUAGAAACUUCCCAAGAUUACUCCAAAUUCAAUCCAAAGGAGAGAUCCGUUCCUGUUAAAACACAAAAGAAAUGGGAUGCUGACGGAUUUCCAAUUGAUACAAGAGUUCCUUUCAGAGAAAAACAAAUUCCAAUUAGCAGCUUAGUUGUUAUACCACAACCAAAGCCAACAUCAGAGCCUAUUAGUACUGUUGUUACUCGUGAGGGAACUCCGCGCAAAGCUGAAGGUCAAUGA